CAACAAAUAAAUUUCAGAGGAUAAAUACUCGACCACAAUAACCUCAUUAUUAUCAUUUUAUCCUCUGAGUAAAAGUACAAUGACGUAAAACGUCAUUUCAUAACAUGUCAAAAUAAAUAGACAAGAAAACAAAGUGACAGACGUCAAUUCAUAAAAACGUCACACUCACAUUAGGAACAGACCUCAUCAACGACGGACUCAUAAACCUACAUAUCAAAUUCUGCAACAUCAUUCAUAUAUUCAAAAAUAGAAUCAAGAAGAAGCAAGAAAACCGAAGAUAGAAACCUGCACCUAUAAAAUAUUAUAGUCAGUAUUCAACAAGUGGUCCUUCGAGUAAAGAAAAAUCUUCGAUUUUCAAGCAAAUUCAAGAUUCGAAAAUUGGAAAACCAACGGUCUUCUAUGCCGGCCUUUCUUCAGAACAGUGAGUCCGUUCCGAUUUUAUCUUAUCCUGUCCUACUAUCCUCCUAAUCUUCUAUUUAAGAUUGCCUUAUUUGCGAUAGAUAGGUCGCUUAUUUCGGCGUAAUACAAAAUACUCGAACAAAAUUUAAAAAAAAACGGUCAUAUUUUUGAAUAUUCAUCACUUCGUUCAUUUAUUCAUAGUCGUACUUCAAUACACGUAGUAAACUUAUUUUCAAUAAUAAUUAAGUUUCUUAGGUCGUAAAUUGACCUUAAGGGACAACAGUGUGUUUUUGCCCUUAGUCGCCCGCGGUCACGGUCAAGGUCAUCGCCACCGGUGUCACGUCUUUAUUUACUAAGAUUUAUACAUUUAAAAUCAGUGAAUUGACUACUAUUAGUGCAUAUUUAACGUUAUAAAUCCAUAUAAAUAAAAAUGUGUGAUGCAAAAAUCAAAGAUUUAGUCAAAAAGCGUGGUUCGAUUAAGUCAAGACUUACACAAUUUUCAACAUUUUUAUCAUUAUUAAAUAGUGGUGAACACCUAAGUGAUAUACAAAUAAAGGAGUUAGAGUGUCGUUUUCCGUAUAGUCCUCAUUUUGGCGGUAUCUGGGAAGCCGCUGUUAAGUCAGUUAAACACCAUUUGCGCAGAGUGCUUUCUUUGACUCACUUUGAUUAUGAAGAAAUGGCGACCUGCUUGGCGCAGAUAGAGGCAGUUUUAAAUUCGCGUCCCCUCACACCUUUAUCCACAGACCCUUCCGACCUUUCCUAUUUAUCUCCAUCUCACUUCCUCAUCGGACGACCACUGUUAGCAACAGCACGGGCAAACCUCUUAGACAAAGAAGUCAAUCGUCUCCAGCGAUAUCAACGAGUGGAGAAACUUCGUCAACACUUUUGGCAGAGAUAUUCGUUGGAAUACGUUUCGUUGCUUCAAACUAAAGGCAAAUGGAGGCAAUCAAUGGACAAACUAAAGAUCGGAGCCCUCGUCUUAGUAAAGGAUCGCACACAGCCACCUCUUCUUUGGCUUAUGGGUCGAGUCACAAACAUCAUUUACGGCGGCGACUCCAUCGGCAGGGUGGCUCAACUGAACACGAAGAAAGGCAUUAUCACGCGAGCCUUCAACAACAUAUGCCCACUUCCCUUGGACGACAUCAGCCCGGGGGGGAGCAUGUUGUGAAACAACAAAUAAAUUUCAGAGGAUAAAUACUCGACCACAAUAACCUCAUUAUUAUCAUUUUAUCCUCUGAGUAAAAGUACAAUGACGUAAAACGUCAUUUCAUAACAUGUCAAAAUAAAUAGACAAGAAAACAAAGUGACAGACGUCAAUUCAUAAAAACGUCACACUCACAUUAGGAACAGACCUCAUCAACGACGGACUCAUAAACCUACAUAUCAAAUUCUGCAACAUCAUUCAUAUAUUCAAAAAUAGAAUCAAGAAGAAGCAAGAAAACCGAAGAUAGAAACCUGCACCUAUAAAAUAUUAUAGUCAGUAUUCA